ACACCACUCUAUUUUCACCUGUUGAAAAGUCUGUUAGAUUGUCCGUCCUGUUUACAGCGCACUACAGCAUCCACCUGGAGCAAAGCAUCUGUCUAGCCACGCUAAUUGAAUUAGUCUGCAAAUCUACCCAUCAAGAGACAGAGAUCUUUCUAGCUUUCUAACUUCAGAAUUUUAUAGCAGAGGUCCCUAAAUAAAAAUGUUAGGAAGGAGAUGACCACUUCUGUAGUCUGAAGAGAUUUCAAGAAAAUGAGCUUUUUGGGGUUUGUUUUGGUGGCAGAACCAGUUAUUCCUGGAUGGAAAACACACCUUACGAACGGGCAGAACUCUGUACAGGUGAACCAGUUUUUCAUGACCUCAUGCAAAAACCUUGGCAUCUGAGGCCUCAGGUAGCUUCUAACGUGCAUCUUGUGAGGUGCACAAUGUCUGAAAGACUAAUAUGUAUCUCAUUAAAAUUUAGACCACUCAGCUACAAGCACCAGGCUGUUCUCUGCACUAGUUGUGUGAUAACGCUGCCUGAGGCCAUCAGUGUUGGAGACUUCGUGCCUGGACUAUUGACACCUGUUGAUGUGGCCCAGACGGGCUGGAAAAGCUGUGGCAAGCCAAAGUUCAGCUGGGGAGGGAGCUGUUGGCAGCUGAUGAGCAAAGGGCAACAGCUGAGCGUGCCAGGUCUCUCACAUUCCUGUCCGGCAGUGGUCUGCCCUUCUGCUGGGGCAAUGAGCACCAUCUGGUCUUGGUAAAGAGUCAUCAGCAUGGGUGGAGGCUCUGCUCCAGAUUAGUUUUCAGAGCUGUAUGAGUGGCAGUCACAUUUAAAAAGGCCCAAAUAAAAAGCUCCCAAACAACGGUGGUAUUUAAGAAGAACUCAGAAAAAGACCUGGGAGAGAAAAAAGGGGCUUAUUUAAAACUAGUUCUCUUGUCUUUCUGGUGUGACUGGUGAUGACUGGGCUGUGCCUUGAAAAAUUAGUGUUCUCAAGUUUCAUUUGCAGAGGUAGCAUCCUUUGGAAGCCUCAACCGCCUGUGAAAGUGAAAUUUACGAACCAAAGCAGAGUUGUUUUUGCAAAAUGUAACCGGUGCUUCCUCCAAAAAUGUUCCUGUCAAAGGCCAUAGCCAUCCCAGUAGGAACAGACAGAGCUUCACUGGAAGUUUCCUAGGUGAGUGUUUUAACCACCUUGGAGCGACGAUUCAACCUUCAGAGUGCUGACGUGGGCGUCAUUGCUAGCAGCUUCGAGAUUGGCAACCUGGCCCUCAUCCUCUUCGUGAGUUACUUCGGAGCCCGAGGACACCGGCCACGCUUGAUAGGAUGUGGAGGGAUAGUCAUGGCUUUGGGUGCCCUCCUUUCCGCGUUGCCUGAAUUUCUAACCCACCAGUAUGAAUAUGAAUCAGGAGAAAUACGCUGGGGGGCUGAAGGGAGGGAUGUGUGUGCUGCCAAUGGGUCCACCAGCGAUGAGGGACCGGACCCAGACCUUAUCUGCAGGAAUAGGACUGCUACCAACAUGAUGUACUUGCUGCUCAUUGGAGCACAGGUCCUCCUGGGCAUUGGUGCUACCCCUGUCCAGCCCCUGGGAGUUUCCUACAUUGAUGACCACGUGAGGCGGAAAGAUUCCUCCCUGUACAUAGGGAUCCUGUUUACGAUGCUGGUAUUUGGACCAGCCUGUGGAUUUAUCUUGGGCUCCUUCUGUACCAAAAUCUAUGUGGAUGCUGUCUUCAUUGACACAAGUAAGCUGGACAUAACCCCAGAUGACCCUCGGUGGAUUGGUGCAUGGUGGGGAGGCUUCCUGCUGUGUGGUGCCUUACUCUUCUUCUCGUCCCUGCCGAUGUUCGGGUUCCCGCAGUCCUUGCCCCCGCGGCCGGAGCACGCUGGGGAGAGCGCGCAGGCCAUGCUUCCCGAGAGGGAAUAUGAGAGACCCAAGCCAAGCAACGGGGUCCUGCGGCAUGCGCUGGACGGGGAGAGUAGCACGACCUGCCUUCAGCAGCUGCGAGUGAUCCCCAAAGUAACUAAGCACUUGCUCUCCAAUCCCGUCUUCACCUGUAUCAUCCUGGCAGCCUGCAUGGAGAUCGCGGUGGUGGCCGGCUUCGCCGCCUUCCUGGGAAAGUACCUGGAGCAGCAGUUCAACCUCACCACCUCAUCUGCCAACCAGCUCCUGGGAAUGACAGCAAUCCCAUGUGCGUGUCUGGGCAUAUUCCUGGGUGGCCUCUUGGUGAAGAAGCUCAGCCUGUCUGCUCUGGGAGCCAUCAGGAUGGCCAUGCUGGUGAACCUGGUGUCCACAGCUUGCUACGUGUCUUUCCUGUUCCUGGGAUGUGACACAGGACCUGUGGCAGGGGUUACUGUUCCCUAUGGAAACAACUCAACUCCAACCUCAUCUCUGGACCCAUACUCCCCCUGCAAUAACAACUGUGAAUGCCAAACUGAUUCCUUCACUCCAGUCUGUGGGGCAGAUGGGGUCACAUACUUAUCUGCCUGUUUUGCUGGCUGCAGCAGCACGAACCUCAGUGGCUGUUCAUGCCUCACCUCGGUCCCUGCUGAAAAUGCCACCGUCGUUCCUGGCAAAUGCCCCAGUCCCGGCUGCGAAGAGGCCUUCUUGACAUUCCUCUGCGUGAUGUGUGUUUGCAGCAUGAUCGGGGCCAUGGCGCAGACACCGUCAGUCAUCAUACUCAUCAGAACCGUGAGCCCUGAACUCAAGUCUUACGCUUUGGGGGUGCUUUUCCUGCUUCUCCGUUUGCUAGGUUUUAUCCCACCUCCGCUGAUCUUUGGGGCUGGAAUUGACUCCACAUGCCUGUUUUGGAGCACGUUCUGUGGCGAGCAAGGAGCCUGCGCGCUGUACGACAACGUGGUCUAUAGAUACCUGUAUGUUAGUAUUGCUAUAGCCCUGAAGUCAUUUGCAUUCAUCUUAUAUACAACCACCUGGCAGUGCUUGAGGAAAAACUAUAAAAGAUAUAUCAAGAACCACGAAGGUGGUCUCAGCACUAGUGAGUUUUUUGCCUCUACUCUCACCCUAGACAAUCUGGGGCGGGACUCGGUGCCCCAAAAUCAAUCACAUAGGACAAAAUUUAUCUAUAACCUUGAAGAUCAUGAGUGGUGUGAAAAUAUGGAGUCUGUUUUAUAGUGACUGUGGAGGGGUGAACUAUAUUAAUAAUACAAGGGUCCUUUUUAAUAAAAACAAGAAGAGCACGAAUGAAGAAACACAACUGCAAAACAACAAUGGCAACGCAGGAAACUCUUGUCUUUUUCUCAAAGUCAGACCCAGCCAGGAUUCUUGAGAACAGCAUCUUUUAAUGGGAUCGUUUGUGACAUCCUGCGGGGUGAUGGAGCCGCUGUGGCUGGGUACCAGCCCCUUUGAUGACAGUACGAGCUUCCAAGAAGGGCAUCUGCAAAGGUUCAUCGGAAAGCUUGGCAAAUGGACAGGCUUGGGCAUAAGGCAUAGAAAAAGCAAGGUGAUAACAGCAGUGCCGGAAGAGGCAUUUGUGGUUGCAAACAGGGUCCCAGGGAUACAUGGAGCCCUGCAGUGUGGGCUGAAGGAUUAGCCGGUCUGGGUGCUAUUCAAGCCCGCUGCACUCUGUGAUGGCAAAGAGGGAGCGGUGCUGGAGUUGUUCCACCAUCACACUGUCACCAGCCACGAGUCCACGAUAAAUACCUUGAAAGCUGCUGGAAACCUUCCAGGUGGCGAGCAGUGCUGUCAGAGGUAUCCAAGUCCUUCCAGCUGAGGCUUAUUCGCAGAUUGCAGCUUUGUGGUUGUCUGUGAAUAGCUGUGCUCAGAUCUCUCAAACCCAGUAAAGUUCAAGACAUUUGCUCACACUUGCCAAACGUGCUGUCAUUUUUAAAGAGGGAUGAAUUCCAAGUACUUGUCUGUGUAAUCCUCUAAUAAGAUUUUUUUAAAAAAAUUAUUUUCAAAUCUAUGUUAACCCUUAAAUCGCUGACAGUUUUCCAUAGGGAGGAUUUAUUUAUGCUAGUUUGGGGAAGGAUCCUCUAAUUCACCCAAACAUAAUGUGACUCAAGGGGUUUGUUUAAUCCUCUGCAUUUUUUAUCCAUACGCCUUCAUUCUAAUAUGCUACCAAGCCAAUGAAGACACAUAAUAUGUUUCUAAAAAAGAGAACGAAUGCACUGUGUCUCUAUAAAAACAAUUGUCAGUUGGAGAAUUAUAGAUAAUAUGAUUUACAUAAUAUAGUUUUUUCAUAUUCUGUGUGACUCAGUGAAUACAUAUAUAUAUGGAGAGGCUGUUUACAUUCUCUCCAGUUUUUAAAGAUAUAUAUAUAUAUAUAUAUAUAAUUUGCAAUCUAGAAAUUGUGGCGGAUGUUUUCUUUAAAGUGUGUGUGUGUGUGUGUGUGUACGUGUACAAGAUGAAAGGAAUACUGACCUUAAUCCUGCAGCCCUCACAACUGUUACUGUUUUUUCACCUGAGAAAUUCCACUGACUUCAGUGGAAGCCGUGUGAGGAAGGCAGAAUAAUCUCCCCUCCUGGAGGCCACCUUUUUGCCCUUAGAUGUGCAAAUAGUGUUCCUAUGGAAGGCUGGGUUAUGGGAGCAGAGGCUGGCCAGCAUCUGAAAUUUUCAUUGAGAUCCUCAAGAGGCACCCAUGCAGGAGGAGAUUUGGCUUUGCUUUUGCAGUGCAGUCUUGUCUAAAUCUGCAAAAAUCAUGGGUAAGCUUUCAUCUGAUUUCAAGAAGCAUGGGGUCAGGCUUAUUUUGCAUGCAUAUUUUUCUUUUCCAAAACACUCCUGCUGGGAAGCAAUACAAAUUGGUUGCGUUUGAUGAGUUUUCCCCAGGAACCAGACCCAUUUCCAAUGGACGAAAUGUCAGAAGGGUUUUAAGGGUUAGCAUUGUAAUCAAAAAGCUCCUUUUUUUGUUUGUAUUUUGAAGCUGUUGUGAACUUGCAGAUGUUUAGAGAAGUAACCUGGCAUGUUGAACCGAAUGCUGGACAUCACUUCCAUGCAGCUGGUGGAGAGGCUGAUCUUCCCUAAGUCCUUGUCCAUUGCUGGCGGUGGACACCCCAGAGCUGGCACAAUUACACAGGGUUGAUAACUUGCCACUCAUGUUCAACACCUUUUAAGCAGACUUUUCUCUUACCUAGGCAUUGAAACAUGGCUGUGGGGUAUCAAACUGCUUCCACUUGACUGACUUUACAUGUGUGUUUAAUUUAUGCACAGCAUUUUAUGUUUGGCAACAAUAAGGCGGGAAAAAAAAGGGGGGGGGGGUGUAUCAAAUAAACUCCACUGUGCCAAAUACUUGACAAAUAUUGUAACUGCAGAUAUUUGAUUCUUGGGUUUCAGCCAUGUUAAGAAUCACUUGAUUAAUGGAGUUGAAGGGAAAAAAAAAGUUAUCAAGCGAUGCAGUGCCAUUGUUAUGUUGGGUGGUAAAUGAUGCUUUUUAGACCAUUAGAUUGGUUUAGUAUAUCCUGUCUGCUAAAACAGAGAUACUGCAUCCAUAAAACAAUGAAUUUAAAAAGGCACAGGGUGCAUAACAGUCUCAUAAAAUAUGUAUAAUUGUCAAGUAUAAGCCUUUGAAAUCAUUCUGUACAGUUCUCUUCAUUCUGCAAAUUUAUUACUUAGACUGCUGUCUUUUCAAAUGUUAGCUCAUAAUGUUACACUAUACACACACAUUCAGACUCGAACACAAAUGUCACAGAAUAGAACCUUUCUAAAAGCCUGAUUGCUUGAAAUUCUAUAACGUCUUUCACAAUUUCAUUUUUUUCCCCUCUGAAAGUCCAAGGUGAAGGAGAAUAGCACGCUGACAUGAUGCAAAACAAAUUCCCAGUGUUCAAGAGCUGUGGUUUGUCAGUACAGUCAAAAGUCCCCCUUGACUGGAGUUACAGAAACAGGAUUCCAGGGCACUUAAUGUUUGGGUUUUUUUGGGUUUUUUUUUUUUUUUCAUUUAAUGUUGUCUCUUAGGUAUGGGAGAUGCAGUUGAAUGGGAUUACUUACAUUAUUUUUAAGCUGUAGUUUAAAUUCCUGCAUGAUGGAGGUUUUAUUUCUUUUGAUAAUGUGACUUCUGAAGAGCUCUCUCCCCAUCCCAGUCUUUUUUUUUUUUUUUUUUUUUUUUUUUUUUAGGAUGUAUCUGAUGCCUGCAUCGUGAAGGGCUUUACUGUCAGUGCUUUGGUACAGAUUCAAGAACAGAGCUUUAGUUUAAAGAAAACACACAGACCAAAACUUUCAUCCAUCCCAGCAGGCUCUUUGUUUUUUCUGAUUUCAAAAUCACAAGCCAGUUUUGCCGGCGACCCAAUUUUUGCUAUAGAAUUACAAAUGAAGAGUCUCAGACAUCCUCCUGCUUCCCAAAUAGCAGGAUGGGCCUUCGCCUGUCAGCACUUCGCUUCCAUCCUGCAACUGCCUUAAACAUGCAGGAAACUUAAGAACUAGGAUGGAGGUGGAAAAAUGCCCGUUCCUGGCAGUGGGAACAGGGGCAUGGUCUGAGCUGUGCAGUCCGCAUCUAAUGUUGGAAAUUUUUUCUCCAUAUUCAGGGGCAUUGAAAUUCAGGGUUUUGUUGAGACCUCCGCCUCAGCAGAAAUGUUACUUUGACAUUUCCAAGCACUGUGUUCCCUGCAUGGCCGUCUGCUAAGGAAUGGGAUGUUUGAAAAAAUAAAACUACUUGACAUUUAGCAGUCUCUGUGGGAUUGUCCAGUUGCCUUGCAUGACUUCAGGUUGGGGUUUCCUUUCCCUUGCACAGAUAACCACCUUGGUGUAGCCCCAGUGGAACCAAAAGGGGACCCCAAUCUAAAACUGAUGCAGAUGACACUAGAACUGGUUUCUUUGCAUCCUUGUUAACAAGGGGUGCAUUUUCAGAACCUUUUUAUACAUAAUAAAAUCAUACAUUUUUCUGACUUUGCCCAGCACAUCUUGAAUGUGCAGUGGGACCGAAAGGGCCAUCACUUGAAUUAUCUAGACAAACCUUCCAUUCCUGGGGAAUUCAACUAAUAGGGGCCUCACACUGCCAUACCCCUGUGAGAUCCACUGAACUACUCGGUGCUGCUACUGUUGAUCUCAGCCAGGUCUCACCUUGCUGGGAAGGUGAAAAGGGAAAGAUGCAGAGAGGAAUUAGCUUCAAUUAGCUGUUAGCUAUGCUUCAAAAUGCUUCAGAGUUGAACUGAUGGUCUGCAGACAUUUGGAAAGUGAUUGGAGUAUUUCCAAAUGGCUGAGAUGCAUUGACAUUUUAUCCUGGGGGGAGGUGGGGGGAAUAAAAAUUAAGGGAAUGAAUGAGAUUUGGAGUUCUCCUAUACCCAUCAGAGUUUUAUGUUCAUUGCAUUGCUGUUGGAGGCAAUGUACUUCAGGUUUACCUUUCUGUCUCGGUCAGAUACAUAUUUUUUCCCAGUAAAUGAGGUCCUGGGAGACAGAAAGGUGACUCCAUCUCACAACCAGCAGUUUCACUCCACAGCAAACCUGAGACAGCCUGACGGCUACCAGCACUGUGAAGCUUUAGCCCCCGAGUCAGCCGCGGCUGUCGCUGCCAUGUGAGAGUUUGUCACAGCUGGGUGUGUUGGGCUCAGUAUUUUCUUAAGACUUGGACAAUCUUGAUGUGAUGUUUUAUUCUUGGCAGGUGACAUGGGGAAUUGUCGGUAUUAAAGACAGAUGCAAAUGCUUCACUGGAUUGAUGCGGUAACAGCUUUGUUCCUUUAUUCACAACGGUUUCCAGACUUAUUCCCACUCUGCCUUUAGACACAGCCAUGCUCAUCUAUCCCCCUAAUUUCAUGUGAACUGUCUUUGCAGGCAAAAGCAGGUUUGUUGUUGUUUGCUCUCUAGAUCUGAUUAAUGCCUGCAAAGUUCACAGGCUUUCUGUGUGUAGGGCAGAGCACCCCUGAAUAUAAGCAAUAAUACUGCCCUGUUCCCAUUUAUGUUUGGCAUUUUUGCUUUUCUUGCCCAAAUCUGAGUUCACCUCUCCGAACAUCCCGUGCUGCUUCUGUGACUUGCCUUUUCUGUUGGCAGCAACUCCAGGAGACAGGCAGCCAAGACAACAAUUGGUGUGAAUGUCGGCAGCAGUUUAUUAAGAUGGGCAAUGGUGUGAUGGGAGCCUUUAGCAUGAGCUAGGCUCAGUUCAGUUAUCUGAUGGUUGAGAUUGAUCUGGAGAGGAAGGGAACAACUGGGGCAUUGUGGCUGAGCCCCCUGGACUCCCUGAAAGGAUUAUCCACCCUUCCGUGCUCCUGGAGAGACCUGCGUGCCCUGUCUUUCUGAGACCCAUGGCUUGUGGGCAUUUCUUCCAAAGUGACCGUCAGCUUCCUUUUUCCAGCCACAGUUCUGCCAUCCUCCCAAUGGCAAAGCAUAGCUUGGCUCUGCAGAGUCAAUACGAGAUGUUCAGAGUUAUUGAGCGGCAUUUAAAUUUGCCUGGGAUGCCAGCAGGUUUCACUUAGUAUUAUGUAUGCUCAAAAUAUUAUAGUUUGUUCUGCUUUUAUACACUAAAUCUAUUCCUUCUAGGCUGCAAAUGAUGUUUUCUAUCAUUCCAUUGACAUUUCUAGCCAAUCUGAGUCUUAAUACAAUUGCUUUGCUGAAAAAUGGCCUUUCAGCAGUUCUUAGGCAUUAGGUACUUCUUUAUUAACUAGUGAUGCCAAGUAAAAUCUUUGGCCAUUGUCUGUUCCCUGAAUCUGGUGGAGCAGAAGGAGGCUCUGCAUACUCGGAAGCAAUACUGAUGUUUUCUUUGACAGAAUAUGAACAGGGAACGCUUUUCUUUCAGCUUCAGUCUUGCCACAACUGCUCAGCUAUGAGCAUAUUUUCAUCCCAAAAGGACACAGGGAAUUCAGGAGAAGCCAUGUGGAUGAAGGUAUCCAUUUAGAUGGCUGCAAGGGUGGGAUGUGCAUAGUGUUUAUGCUGGUUUGCUUGUCAAAACUUUGCUUCAGUCUCUACUUGCUUGAUGAAUGGAGUGACUGCAAGGAUGGGGUCUUUGGGAUACUAUCAGUUUGAGAUGUUUCCCCCACUUUCUUCUGAUUAAGUGCAGCAGAGCAGAGUGUCACGCCCUAGGAAGGAAAACAUUAGCAACACCCUGACAGUUUGUAGUGCUGGGCUUGCUCUACACAAAGUUGGUGUCUGCAGAUGGCAGAAAGCAAUAAGAAACUUGUCAAGUCCAACUCAGCAAAUAAUUUAUAGCAACUUCAUAAAUGAAUUUUCCCUUUUAUUUCUUCCUUGCGAAUUGCUGAGGAAACCAAGAAAAUGCCUCCAGUGUAUUUGCAAGGUCAUUUCUGCAUAUCAUCUGUGGUCUGGAGGGAUUUGGAAGAGCUUUCUUAUAAUUCAUACACGUUGGUUUGUUCUGACUAGACAUAGAAAUCAUGGGGGAUAUUUCUGCUCCCUGAGUUCCCUAAGCUGGAAUUUUCUCAUCAGUACAAAUAUUUUGUUCAAAAGUAUGUGAUUAGGAAUUGAGUAAGAGGAUCCAUGCUCAGUGCCAGUGGGCAGAGUGCCACUGGACAUACGCCACUCCAGGACAGCCAAAGUACUGGCUUCCAACUCAUAAUCCACUUUCCAGGAAUAUUGUCUCACAGAUGCUUGAAAUUCUCAGCCUCUCCCAGUGUUCCUACCGGUUAAUGCAUUCAUUUGAGUAAUUACUGAGAGCAAACACGAGAAGGGUAUGAACCCAGACAAAACCAAAUUGCUGUUAAGGUGAAGCAGGUGGUGCAAAUUUUAUUUGCAAUGUUUGUACAGCUCUUAAAUCAGAAGCAAAAGUCUCUCGGGAAUUGGAGAGUUGCAUAUGGCCUAACAUAUCUUGGUUCUUCCCAAUUAAAAUGCCAGUUGGUAGGACAGCGAAAGGCAUCUUUCCCUGCCAUGGCUAUCUUAGCCCUUUAAAACCCUUUUCUUUUGCAUUAUGGCAUCGCACAAUGCAGUGCAUUUACUCCUCAAUGUAAGCUGCAUCUCAGUGCUAUGUUUUUGGUGCCUCACAACUCUUAACUUUGCGAACUUGAAAGUAAGAAAUGACCCCUGUUCUUCACCCGUGAUGCUUUCUGCCUGAUCGGAGGAUGACGAUCCCUCCUGAAGACUCGCAGGCAUUUCCCUAAAGUCUUACGUGCAGUAGGACCAAAACUGUGCUCUGACGAUCGCAGGUGGCCUAUAAGCUGUGCUCAGAGGUCUGUAGCUCGCCUGCAGCCCCACAUUGCCUUCACAGUGUUUUCAGUGCAAAGCAUGGUGACGAGGCUAUAUAUAACUGUCCCUGACACAUGUUAAGGGUUGCCAAUGGUCUAUCCCAAACCCAGGUUUGGGAGUCUCCAUGUUAGCACAUGAAAGCAGCUCCCAUCACCUACUUUUGGGAAGGAGCCAUCUCAGAGCAGGGUUCGGUGGAAAACUGCAGCAGCGCUGGGACCGCGCAGAAGGGAGCUCUUGGUUCGCUUCGGUACCACGUCUGUAGGGAGGAGGGGUGGGGGUGGGAGCAGGGGAAGAGCUGUGACCUUUUAAAACCCAUAGUGCCUACCACUGCAAAUGGAACGCUGUAUUGUAUUAUAUUAUACAUGACUACCGUGUAAAUAAAGUACAAUAAAUGUGGUGUUUGUUAGGAUUUUGAUACAAGACAAAUGCAGUCUGCAGAAAUGUGUUGUUUUGGUUGUUUGGGUUUUUUUCCUGCUGUAUGUACUUAUAUCACAUUCCAGGCGUGGGGGCAUUUGGGGUCAUGUGAGCUAGAAAUGCAUAAAUGUCAUCAGAUGGGAAAUAUUUGCAGUAAGACUAUUCUAAAAUUCCUUUUGCCCUGUAUGGAUGAGACCUGAGCACCAUAUGAAAACCAGUUCAGCGUGGAAAGAGUUGGGGCCGCUUAAAUACACAGGAGGAGAGCAGCUCUUGAGCUGAAGUGGUUUAUAAGCAAAAGCCAUAGUACUGCCCAGCCAGUCCUUGGUCGUGCUUCAUUCAUGACGGAGAAAAAGCAAGGUUUUUGUUUGGCUGAUUUAUCUUUGCUUGUUUUCGUGAUGACCAGGUUGAUCAGCAGCAUAUGCCUUGCCCAUGUAACCUGGAACCUGAUUAUUCUCUACCCUUGAGAUCACUUAGCAGCAGCUACAGCUGAGCAAACUUGAGAGCAGCUUGGGAAAGAAGUUCUGUUCUUAACUCAACCAGCUGAUCCCUCUGUGGCUCCGGCGAACAUUGAGGGGCUUUUUUUUUUUUUUUUUUUUAAAUAAUAAGAAUAUUGGGAACUUUGUUCCUUAACCUACUCCCACUCCCUUCUCUAUCUUCAUGUUUCUCCAUGUGUAGUAACAGAAUUAAUACAUUUCAGCGAGGCAGGUCUGCUACGUGCCCUCCAAAUCCUGAUGCAUCACUUAACUGUGUUGUUAGUGAGAGUUUCUCCAGGCUUCAGAAGCUCAGGAUUUUUCUGUCAAGUGCUUGCAGCUGGUGUGUGGAUGUGAUCUUCCAUCAGUGUAUGGAGGGUGCUUCCACAUGGAUUGUCUUGUUGGAGAAACAAGACCACCCCAUGUAGUUUGUCACGUCUAUGGCUCAAAACUCCCCCACAGAGCUCUGUGCUGGGUCCACGAUAUUGGAGGAGUAUCUACCUGCCUCCGUACCAGACCAGUCAGUGGUGUUUGACCCUCACACCAUUGCUGUUCUUCAUAGUCACCUGGGCAGAGCAGCAUUUGUGGGAGGUUGUAUGUGUAGAAGGUUCUUCCUGCAUAGGACAUCUCCACAGAUGGUCUGUAGCAGCGUCCACGGGACCUGGAUGAGCCCACAUGCUUCUGCCCCUGCCUUGGGCUGUAGGUUAGUCUUCCUAUACAGUUCCCAAGGGAAAGUGAUCCUUGGAGAGGUCUUUGAAGUGUGCUGGUUUGACUGCUGGUAAUUUUGCAGAUGUUUAACAGCACUUCCAAAAUAAACCAAAACUUGGUUUGGAAAAAGGAAAUGUUUCACUGUACAAUUGAUUAAGAAAAAAAGAAAAAAGGAAAAAAAAAAAAAGGAAAAAAAAAAAGAAAGAGAAACCACAUGCUCGAUAUAUUUUGAGUACUGUGUUCUGUAUUUUUGCAGCUUAUAUUUUCCAGAUGAGCAGUUUAGAAAUAUGUGAUGUGAAAUACAUACUGUAAGUUUGCUGUAAAUGAUAUUAAAAACACUAUUUUCAUUCUU